AUGUCUCAAAGUUCAGGAAAGAAUGACUCUGUCAAGGCAAAGAUUGAAAGAACUGCUAAGGGAGUUAAAUGCAUGGGUUUGAAGAGUGGUUCUUCCCAACCAUCUUCUGUGUCAAAGAAAGCUCCUGGGAAGACGAAGACAAGAUACCCAGCAAGAAAGACCUACAUGUCAAAGGUUCAGAACAAAGAACCCACCAAUGUCUUUCUCUGUGAGGAUGUUGCUGAUGAAGAGGAAAUCAAUGUUGAAGACUCUCCUGUGAAAUCGCCUCCUGAUGUUGUGCCCGAUGUUGAGACAUCUGUGUCUCAGGAAAUUUCUGAUCAAGAAAAUUCUAGAAAGGAGUCCACUUCUCUUGAAGAUUCAGGCAAGGUUACCAAGCCUGAUAUCUCUGUAUCGUCUUCUUCGAAGGACGCUGAUCCAAAGAAUGGCAAUUCUGAGGAUACCAAUUCUGCAGAGCCAACCCAGGCUCCAUCCCCUGUUCAGGACAUCUCUGAUGAUGAUGUUCCCCUGGUUAAGUCCAUUCUUGAUAGUGUUGCUGCCAGGAUGAAAAGAAAAAGAAUGGUCUCUACUCCUGAAGUCACUCCUACUCCACCAAAGAGAUCCAAGUCAUCUCCUGAAGUCUCCAAGGCUUUGCAGGAGAUAAUCAGAAUGAGCACUGCCAGGAAGCUCAAGGUUGAUGCUUUGCUACUCAAGCUGCAAGAAGAAGAACGCCAAAGAGGUGAGCAAAGUGCUGCAACUACAGGUGCUCAAGAUGAGAGCAAUGAAGAGGAGGAAGGAUCUGAAGAAAGUGCAGAAGAGUCUGGAGAGGAGUCCAGUUCUGAAGACUAG